GGCCGGGUCUGGGCCCCACGAUCCAGCUGGGCGAGCAGACCCUGAUCACGGUGGACGCCAAGGGGGGUUUUUGGGGUCCCGUUUUCGGGUUUUUUGGGUUUUUGGGGUCCAUCCCUCACCCCGUGCCCAUUUUAGGGCCGGGUCUGGGCCCCACGAUCCAGCUGGGCGAGCAGACCCUGAUCACGGUGGACGCCAAGGCGGCGGGCAAGGGGAAGGUGACGUGCUCCGUGUGCACCCCCGACGGCUCCGAGGUGGACGUGGACGUGGUGGAGAACCCCGACGGCACCUUCGACAUCUUCUACACSGCCCCACAGCCCGGCAAAUACGUGAUUUGUGUGCGAUUCGGGGGGGAGCACAUCCCCAACAGCCCCUUCCAGGUCAUGGUGAGUGAGAAACGGGGGAAAAACAGGAAAAAACGGGAAAAAAUCCAGGGAAAAAUGGGCAAAAAAUGGGAAAAAAAACGGGUAAAAUGAGGGGAAAAACAGUGAAAAUGGGGGUAAAUCUGUGAUUUGUGUGCGAUUCGGGGGGAGCACAUCCCCAACAGCCCCUUCCAGGUCAUGGUGAGUGAGAAAUGGGGGAAAAACGGGAGAAAAUGGGGAAAAAUGGGCAAAAAAUGGGAAAAAACCCGGGUAAAAUGAGGGGAAAAACAGUGAAAAUGGGGGUAAAUCAGUGAUUUGUGUCAGAAUCGGGGGGAGCACAUCCCCAACAGCCCCUUCCAGGUCAUGGUGAGUGAGAAACGGGGGAAAAACGGGAAAAAAUGGGAAAAAACCCAGUGAAAAUGGGGAAAAAAACUGGUAAAAAUAGGUUAAAAUGGGGAAAAACAGGGAA